CCUCCGGGUCGCCAUGGUGGAAGAUGCCUCGUCGUCGUCGUCGGCGGCGCUAGAUUCGUUCCGCCGCCGUUGGCAAGCCGAGCUGGCCCGGGAUGGUCCGAAGCGCCGGUGGAAAAAAAGCCGCAAAAGGCCUCGAGAAGCGGGAGGCGAAGAGCCGCCUCAGCCCGUGCGAAGCUGGGGCGGCUACGGGGCUCUCCUGGAGGGGCUGCUGGAGGAAGAGACGCCGCUUCAGAGCCUCCUCCGCGUCUCUCCCGGGCCUGAGGGGGACCCCGGCCCCGGCCCCGCUGCAGAGACCCCCGCAGGAGGAGGAGGAGGAGGAGGGAAGGAGGACCUUCUGGGGCAGCUCAUUCGAGACUUGAACGAAAUCAACGAAGUUCCCUUCUUUGACGUGCAGUUGCCUUACGAAUUGGCGUUAAAAAUAUUUCAGUCCCUUGGCAGACUGGACCUGGGCAGGUGUGCUCAGGUGAGCCGAACGUGGAAGGUACUGGCUGAAGACCAAGUCCUGUGGUUCCGGCUUUGUCAACAGGAAGGUUAUCUGUCUGACAGUCAAAUCUCAGACUUCCCUUGUUGGAAACAGACCCUCCGGGAAUGUCGGGAAAAGGAACAGACUCUGAGAGCCAACUGGAAAAACCGCAUCGGGGUGAUGAGCCAGUUGCAACACGAAGUCGGGAACAUUCUGUGCGACGUGCAUUCCUGCAACGGAGUGGUCAUCGCUGGGUCACGUGAUCAAAAUUCAGGCGCUUGGCAGCUGACUGGGGAAGCUGCAACGGUUGGACGUGGGAAAACUGGUCCAUACACGUCAGGCGAUGUGAAGCUGUGGGACACGCGCACCUGGGACUAUUCGGCCCCCGUCCUGGAACCGGAGCACGGCUCGCUGGAGCCUGGCCCCCGGCCACAUGCCUCCUUUGUGAGAAUAAACAGCUCCCUGGCUGCGUCGGCGUACGAGGAUGGGUCAGUUAAAGUGUGGAGCCUGCUGGUCGGUUCGGAGCCAAUCCACCGGUACCAACACAACCAGAAGAUUCAAGCCAUGGCCCUUUCGACUGAGGGGGCCACCGUAGCGACUGCAGCCGGGUUUCAGGUCAAAGUGGAAAGCGCCAACGACAAAGGAUACUGGGGAACCCUGGCUGAGUUUGAGGUUCAGAAAUGGGUCAGCUUGCUCUCUCUUAUGCCCCAAACUUCGGGCUGCCCGGCUGCCGUAGUAGCAGCGGAGGACGCCAUCUACUUCUUGAAAGAAGGACAGCCAGCUAAAGUCCUGCAUUGUGUCUACGGCCAGCCUGUCACAUCCCUGGACGUCUCGGCCAAGGAAGUGGCAUUCGGAGUCAGAGGCUACGGCUGGCUGAUUAACGAGACCAACAAGAUUCUCCUCUACAACGUGGAAACGGGGCAGUGUGUAACGCAACUCGGCGGUCCUUUGGGUGACUUCACAUGCCUCAAUCUCCAGGACAGCCCCCCCCACAUGCUGGUAGCUGGAAACAAAGUCCGAAGGGUGAUGGUGUACGACCUCCGCAGAAGUGAGCCUGUCUCCUCGCUUUGCGGCCAUCAGCUGGGGGUCUCGGCGGUGCAGAUGGACGACUGGAAGGUGGUCAGCGGCGGAGAGGAAGGGCUGGUCUGCGUGUGGGACCAGCGGAUGGGCAACAAGCUCUGGGAAAUGCACGCCAGGCACCCAGUUCGCCACCUCCGCUUCAACUCCCACAGCCUCAUCACGGCCAACGUCCCCAAUGAAAAAACUCCCCGGGGCGCCAGCAUCACGGACGACGACUUGACCGCUCACCGAAGGCAUCGAGGCGUCAUCUACGCCUACGAGUUCUCCGUGGACCAGUUGGUGGCGGAGAGCGUCCUUCCCAUCUGCCGCUCCUCUUACAACGAAACGAUCGGCUACAACUACAAUAUCGGCCUCGUGGUCCCCUAUGACAACAUCUAGGCAGCGUUGGGAAGAAGUUCUGUGUCUGUGGAGGCCCAAGAAGAAGGCCGUCUGUGGAACGUCUGUGGAGAUUUUUCAUCGUCCCAAGUCAUGAUUGUCCCAAAGGUCCUUUUUUCCCCCCCAAGUGGCAGUUGGACUUUCUGGUUUUCUUUUCUUUUCUUCAAAAAUGUUUCGCUUCUCAUCCGAGAAGCUUUUUUGAUGAGAAGCGAAACGUCUUCAAGAAGGAGCCUUGGUAGUACAGUGGUUUAAUGCACCCUGUUAUUAACACAGCUGCGUGCUUCUCUGCAGGUUCGAAUCUCACCAGGCUCAAGGUUGACUCAGCCUUCCAUCCUUUCAAAGGUAGGUGAAAUGAG